AUCUAGUCUUGCAACCUUGGUUAUGGUUACAAGAAAAAGUGUAUUUUGAAAAUAUUUCCCUGUGUUUUCUACGUAAAAACAUCAGUGAAGUAUAAGUUGACUGUGCGGUGACCACGUUUGUUUUUGUGGUGUUGCGAAAACGGUGUUAUGUCGGGCGGCAGGAGCAUCGAUAAGGAGCGCAAGUCGCCCAGGGAAAGUGGCGAGGAUUCCGAAGAUGAGAGUGAAAUCCUGGAGGAGAGUCCAUGUGGACGCUGGCUCAAACGCCGUGAAGAGGUCGAACAACGAGAUGUCCCAGGUAUCGACUGCGCGCACCUCGCUAUGGACACAGAGGAAGGUGUCGAGGUCGUCUGGAACGAAGUCCAAUUCUCUGAAAGAAAAAACUUUAAGGCACAGGAAGACAAGAUACAAAUGGUGUUCGACAACCUCACACGGCUCGAACAUCCGAACAUCGUCAAGUUCCACCGGUACUGGACAGACACACAUAACGACAAACCAAGGGUCAUAUUCAUAACAGAGUACAUGUCGUGCGGAUCUCUGAAACAAUUCCUAAAGCGAACCAAACGAAACGUCAAACGGCUGCCACUACAGGCCUGGAAACGAUGGUGUACACAGAUACUUUCAGCUUUAAGCUAUCUCCACGGUUGCGUGCCACCGAUCGUCCACGGCAACCUGACUUGCGACACGAUAUUCAUCCAACACAACGGGCUCGUGAAGAUCGGCUCAGUGGCUCCCGACGCGAUCCAUCACCACGUGAAGACCUGCCGCGAGAACAUGAGGAACAUGCACCUCAUCGCUCCCGAAUACGGAUCAUCUCAAAUGGUGACGCCAGCGAUGGAUAUCUACUCGUUCGGCAUGUGCGCUCUCGAGACCGCCGCUCUUGAGAUACAGGGCAAUGGCGACUCCGGUAGCCACGUCACCGAAGAUCACAUCGUUCGUACCGUUGAGUCCCUGGAGGAGCCGAGGCAGAAGGAUUUCAUAUACAGGUGCAUAAAUAAGGAUCCGGCGAAGAGGCCAACGGCUAGAGAGCUCCUGUUCCACCCUUUGCUCUUCGAGGUUCACUCUCUCAAGCUGUUGGCGGCGCACACUCUCGUCAAUACUAGUGCGAAUAUAUCGGAGACGAUAACGGAUGAGGUUUGCGGCGGUUCGGGCGGCGCGGCGCUGGCCUGGUGUGAGCGGGGGGGGCAGCGACACGAAAUCUCAGCCAAGGAUUUACCGCAUGCGGAAAAACUGGAAAAAUUCGUCGAAGACGUCAAGUACGGCAUCUACCCGCUGACGGCGUACGGCGGCGCGCGGCGCGCGGCGUCCCCGAGCGAGCGCGCGCGCGCCGCCGAGAGCGCGCCCGCGCCGCCCGCGCCGCGCCGCGGCCGCGACCGCGAGUGGCGCCGCGUCGUCACCGUCAUGUGCAGCCUGGCGCCCGCGCCCGCGCCCGCGCCCGAGCGCACGCUCACCGUGCUGCUGCGCAUGGACGACAAGAUGAACCGCCAGCUCACGUGCGCCGUGUCGCGCCGGGACUCGGCGCCCGCGCUGGCCGCCGAGCUGGUGGCGCUGGGCUUCAUACACGAGGCCGACCGCGAAAGGAUUUGCUGCCUAAUGGAGGAAUCGCUCCGCAACUGCUUCGGACAAGUACCGCGCGCGCCGCAACACGUCGCCAGCUAGUAACACACACUGAAAAGUCCGCCGACCCACUGUACGUGAACU